AUGAGAUUUCCAUUUGAGAUAUUUCUUAUCUUACCAAUUAUCAUACAAGCGUUGGAUAUUCAGUGGGGUGCUUUUACACCCCAGAGUGAAUACCUAUGUCCACGUCCCGACGGCGGAGUUAUUCCUUUUAGUAGAUUAAAAAUCGAGAAGCAAAUUUCCGCAGCCCUUAAUAAUCCUAAGGGACAAUAUCCUCAUCUAUUUCAUGAAGCACCUGCAGAGCCCCAGUGCGCUCAUCUAGUUGUUAAAGCAUAUCCUGCUUUUGCAUCAGGAAUAUACACUGGUGGAAAGCCUGGGCAUUAUAGGGUUCUUUUUGCAAGCAAUUACAUGCACCAAGUCUUCUUCUGCGGAAUGGUGUAUCAUAAUACGAAGCGUAAAUUCCUGCCAUGUGACCGAAGAUGA